AUGGCACUCACAAUCAGUUGUGAAAAAGAUGGUAUUCCAACUUGUAUUCAACGUAAAAUUCAAGGUCAACCACUCCACAUGCGCCCAGGUGGUAUUACUCAAUAUAAUUAUCGCAAUCAAACAGUAUAUUUUAUUGUAUCGCCUUGUUGCGAUAUGUUUAAUUAUUUGUAUGAUAGUAGAUGUGAAACAAUUUGUGCACCAAGUGGCGGUUUCAUUGGCCGUGGUGAUGGUAAAUGUCCUGAUUUUAAUAGUAAAGCAACAAAUCCAAAGCCAGUUUGUAUGGACAAUCCAAAAUGA